CCUGGUCGCAGGAGUGAGUGAGCUUGACCUUGCCAGGCCCAUCAGGAGGAGAGUCCUGCCAAAUCCUGCCAGAAAGUCUGGCAUCUCCAAAUCGAUGACAACAGGAAGCAGAGGAAAUGGGCGAGUGGACAGCUGCCUGCCUACCCGCUGGUUUGGAAUCUUCUUGGAAUGACUGACCCCUCAGAAAGCCUCAGAGUCCUCCUGACACACACCUACUCUCCACCAAUGCUGACACAAUUUAUCUGGUCUGUGUAUGAAGCAAAAGAUGUUUGGGGACCACCUGAUGAACAGGUGUCUUUGGAUUAGACCCAAGAAGUCCCCACGGAGCUCCUGGAAAUAAGUCAGAUGUGUUCAACUCUCUCAGAACCAACUGGCAUGGCUGAUAUGGAGGAGCCAGCACCUUCUUCUGAGCCAGGGAACCCAGAUAGGGAAGGUCAGGUCUCAGAGGAGAAAUGGCUUCUCCAUCAGAGGCUGGCAGUCCGCGAACUCAUCGACACCGAAGUUUACUACCUGCACAUGCUCCAGCUCUGUGCCUCGGACAUCAGGGGAUGCCUACAGCAGCUGCCUCAGCAUGAUCUGGAUGUCCUAUUCUCCAACAUAGAUGACAUCAUAAAGGUGAAUAGUAGACUUCUUAAUCACCUGCAGCAGAAAACUGCCAGUGAAGAGGAACAAGUGCAUUUAAUUGGUAACUUAUUCCUGGAGUUCCAAGAUGAGCUGGAGCAAGUCUAUAAGGUUUACUGUGCCACAUAUGACCAGGCUUUGCUGCUGGUAGAAUCUUAUCGGAAGGAUCCAGAGCUGCAGCAGGAGAUCCAGGCUGCCAUUGAAGCUGCUGUGCCACAAGCUGGACCCUCGGGCCUCAGUUUCCUAUUAGUAAUACCUCUGCAGAGAAUUACCAAGUACCCACUGCUGCUGCAGAAAAUCCUGGACAGCACCCUCUCUGAGGCCAGAGCCUAUCCUGUUCUUCAGAGGGCGGCCGCUGCCCUUCAGGAUGUGAAUAUCAACAUCAAUGAGUACAAGAGGCGCAAGGAAGUAGCCUCCAAGUACACUAAAGCAGAGCAGCUGACGCUGAGGGAGCGGCUAGCCCGCCUCAACACGCACACCCUGACUAAGAAGACCACUCGGCUGGGCCAGCUGCUCAAACAGGAGGCAGGGCUGGUGUCCAGGACUGAAGACAAGGAAUUUGAUGAGUUAGAAGAGAAGUUCCAGUGGGUGUCUCUGUGUGUAACUGAGCUGAAGAGCAACAUGGCUGCUUACCUGGAUUAUCUCGAGGCUUUCCUUCGCUUCCGGCCACAGGACUACACUCUGGACAUGCCUGGAGGCCCUGUCGUGGAGUUCUGCAGCCUGGCGAGUCACCUUCAGCUGAAGGCCUUUCCCGAGUUCAAGCUGCGGCUGGAAAGCCUGGUGUGGAGGCCCCUCUGCAGCCUGGCUAAAGCCCUGACUGGCCCUCAGAAGCUCAUCAAGAAGCGUCUGGACAAACUGCUGGACUUCGAACGGGUGGAAGAGAAGAUGCUAGAUGUGGGUAGUGUGAGCUAUGAGGAGGAGGCUGCUCGGCACACGUACCAGGCACUCAAUUCCCUGUUGGUGGCCGAGCUCCCUCAGUUUAAUCAGCUGAUGCUGCAGUCGGUUGGGCACAUCCUGCGGACACUUGUGGCUCUCCAAGAGGACCUCGCAAAGCAAGUGUUGCAGAGAGCAGAAGGCAGCUUGGCCCAGCUGCCACACAAUCAUGUCUCUGAGCUGGCCUUUGGGAAACUGCUGGAGGAAGCUCUAGACCAGGCUGGAAAGCAGCUUCACUCUUUUCAGGAGAACUUUGAGAAAGUGCAGCCACCACCUACCGUACAACCACUGCCCCCAGGCACGGAGCGCCUGGUGCAGACACUCCUGGGCAAGUACGGCCCUGGAAAGCUGUAUCAGGUGACAAGCAACAUCAGUGGGAUGGGGACAAUGGACCUGACACUACUGCGGGGUCAAGUCGUGGCUCUCCUUCAAAAUAAGGACACCAAAGGCAACAGCAGCCGCUGGCUGGUGGACACCGGGGGCCCUCGAGGCUACGUGCCUGCUGGGAAGCUGGAGCUAUAUCACAUCAUCCCCAGUGAGGAGAAGCUUAGAGGACAAACGAAGCUUCCUGAUGACCCUCAAUCUCAUAUGCCAGAGCCAACUCCAGCUCCCAUAGCUGCUGGUCCUAUCACCUUUGGGCCCAUCCCUACCAUCCCCACAGUGACCCAGGUGAUGGCCAUGUACCCAUUCUUGGCCAGAAGUAACCAUGAAGUAAAUCUGCAGGCAGGCCAACUGGUGACCGUUGUGGAGAACCAGGACAAGAAAGGGAACCCGGAGUGGACCCUCGUGGAAGUGGAUGGACAGCGGGGCUAUGUGCCCUCCAAUUUCCUGGCCAGGGGACUGAGUCCAGCACCCUGGGGCUGGAGUCUUCCCUCUUAGUGGCCUUCUCAGAGCCUCUUCUCCCCAGGGCAAGGAGAGGUCAGAGGCUGCCACCAGGAGGAAAAGAAAGUGGGAGUGUGAGGGCUUA